CCAAUCAAAGAAAGAUGGCUGACAAUUCCCAAUCAACGAACCUCAGCUACCAAGCCGGGGAGAGUAAGGCCCAUGCUCAGAUGAACAAGGACCAGAUGAUGGAUAAGGCAGCCAAUGCUAUGAAUUCUGCCAAGCAAUCAUGUCAAGAGACUGGUCAGCAAAUGAAAGCCAAGGCAGAAGGAGCAACGGAUGCAGUCAAGAACGCAAUGGGCAUGAAUAAAUGAAAAUGAUAAAUUUAAUUUCCUUUUUUUUUUAUUUUAUCAUUUUCUUUCAUUUUUCAUGUUUUAAUGGAAGAAGAGCUGAUUAUUGUUCUUGUUUCUUUAACAAUGGAGAGUGCGUGCUCCCAAAGAGAUGUAGCUGUAAGAACGAACCUCAAUCAAUAAGUUUUCUUAGUAGCA